AUGGCGAUGCCGCCUGGCUUCGGCCACCCUCGAGCGUCGCCCCGCGCCGCAGCCGUCGUCAUCUUCAAGCUCGUCGCGCCUUCGCCUCCGCGCCACUCGCCGGAGCCCCCGCAAGCCGUCCCCGUCGCCGAGUCCGCCGCCGGUCGCCUCUGCCUCGACCCCGCGUCCUCGCCUCCGGCGGCCGUCACCGCUUCGUGCACACCGCUGCCUCGAGCUGCUUCACCUCCCUCCCCCGACAAGCGUCGCGCCUCUUGCCUCUCCGCGACCCCCGCUGCAGCUCCCUCUCCAGACCGUCGCCUCCGCGCCUUCUUGCCUCCUCCGCGCCCAUCUCCUGUUGCAUCUCCGUCAGCCUCAUCGCUGUGCUAUGGAGCUCCUGCCUGA